GGGUGUGUCCGCAGCGGCGGUGGGUGUGUCUCCGGGCGGCUCCACAACUGCGGCUCUUCCGUCUGAAGUUCAGUUUCGCUCUGCGGAUCUCCACGACUGGAUCUGCUGUCUGGUUUUACUCCUAAACUCCGCCAUUUUCCCGGUGCUGUGCAGCAGUGAUGAGUCUGUACGGCUCGCAGCGCGGGCUCAACAUGAUGGGUCGCCGCAGCGGCUCCCGCAGCGAGAUUAACGCCGGCGCCACGUACCAGUACGCCCGCAGUGAGGUGAUGCAGCCGCCGCGGGGGAACAACGGCUUCACGCAAGAAAUGGAGAACUUCAACCGCACUUCACCCAGAGGAUUCGUCAACUUAGUACAAGUGCCGGCCAUGUCGCCUCUCCAGCAGCGGAUCUCCUUUCUGCAGGCCCAGUGUCAGGACUACCUGGAAAGAGCGGCAUCAAUAUUUAAAUCUGGUGGAGACAACGGUGCUAUGACGGAUGCUCAUAACAGUCUGUUGUCUGCUGGUGACAUCAUUGAUGAGCUCAAAAUGUUUGCCAUGGAAUUAAACCAGCAGAACCUGCCGUCUGAGAGUUUGAUGAGGAGUGUGACUCUGUUCUCGGAUCAGUUUCGGGAUCUCAGCAUGGCUCUGAAUGCUCCUCCUCCGGCUCCUCUGCAGCAGACGCAGAGGUUUAGCUCCCGUUCAAUGCGGCGCAGCGUGAGCCGUGAAGAACCAAACCGCUUCUACACUGACGCCAUGUCCUGGAUCACACAGCAGAGGCGGCUGAUAGAGACGUCUGCAUGGGGUGAUGAUCUAACAGCGGUCGAGCAGCAGAUCUCCAAUCACAGCAGCUUCCACAACUCCAUCCAGAACAGUAUGGAGAUGAACAGAGCCCGGACUGAACUGAUGCGAGGCAAAGAUGCAGACAUGAACAAAUCCUUACUCAACAAACUAGAGCAAGAAUGGGACGGUCUGCAGAAUAGCUCGCACCAGCGCAGUGUGCAGCUGCAGGAUCUGCGCAACAUCAUCGGGGAGAUUUCAGACCAGAUCAUGUGGGUGAACGACCGCGAGGAAGAGGAGCUGGUGUUCGACUGGGGAGACAAGAGAAUCGACAACUACAUCCCUCAGAAACAAGAGAGCUUCUCUAAACUGAUGAGUGAACUGGAGCAGAAGGAGAUCCAGCUGAACGUGCUGAAAGCGAAGGUGGACUCUCUGCUGAAGAACAAACACCCUGCGUCUGAUAAGAUCCAGGUGAGCAUCUCUAAAGUCCGCUACUGGGUUUUUACCCAUCCUGCUGUGUUUCUUGCAAGGCGUGGGAAUCUGUAAGGAUUUCAUGAACCC